CCUUCGAUGGUGAGGACGAGGAUGAGUUGUUCCAGUCCAUCAUGGAGCAUCACGUCUCCUACCCCAAGUCUAUGUCCAAGGAGGCUGUCGCCAUCUGCAAAGGGUUGAUGACCAAGCACCCUGGGAAGCGUCUGGGCUGUGGUCCGGAGGGGGAGCGAGACAUCAGGGACCACGGCUUCUUCCGCUAUAUGGACUGGGACAAAGUGGAGAACAAGGAAGUACAACCGCCAUUCAAACCCAAAGCUAAGAGUAACAAGGACACGUGUAACUUUGAUAAAGAAUUCACUAAGAUGCCGGUGGAUUUGACUCCUACAGAUAAACUGUUUAUAAUGAACCUGGACCAAGACGAGUUUCUGGGAUUCUCCUACACCAACCCUGAAUACCCCUCUGAUGAGGUGACCGGGGAGGAGGAGGAGGAGGAGGAAGGACAGAGUUAAGACACACACACACCAACCCUGAAUACCCCUCUGACGAGGUGACUGGGGAGGAAGAAGAGGAGGAGGAGGAGGAAGGACAGAGUUAA